UUUUGUGUUGUUUUGUUUUCUUGUUCCCAUCAGGAUGUACCCACUAAAUUGGUGGCCAAAGCUGUUCCUUUGCCUAUGACAGUCCGUGGGCACUGGUUCUUGAGCCCAAGAACAGAAUACACAGUAGCAGUGCAGACUGCGUCGAAGCAAGUUGAUGGCGAUUAUGUUGUUUCUGAGUGGAGUGAAAUCAUUGAGUUUUGCACAGCAGAUUAUUCAAAAGUUCACUUAACACAGCUUUUGGAAAAAGCUGAAGUGAUUGCAGGCCGUAUGCUUAAACUGUCUGUAUUUUAUCGGAAUCAGCACAAAGAAUACUUCGAUUAUAUCAGAGAGCACCAUGGGAAUGCUAUGCAGCCUUCUGUUAAGGAUAACAGUGGCAGCCAUGGCUCUCCAAUCAGUGGGAAGUUGGAAGGCAUCUUCUUUAGCUGCAACACUGAGUUUAACACUGGCAAACCACCCCAAGAUUCACCUUAUGGAAGAUACAGGUUUGAGAUUGCAGCUGAAAAACUCUUCAACCCAAAUACUAACUUGUACUUUGGAGACUUCUACUGCAUGUACACAGCUUACCACUACGUCAUUCUUGUUAUUGCCCCUGUCGGAUCACCAGGAGAUGAAUUCUGUAAGCAGCGCCUUCCUCAGCUAAAUAUAAAAGAUAAUAAAUUUCUGACCUGUGAUGAAGAAGAUGGAGUAAUGGUUUACCAUCAUGCCCAGGAUGUUAUUCUGGAAGUAAUUUACACUGAUCCUGUGGAUCUCUCCCUCGGCACAGUUGCAGAAAUUACUGGUCACCAACUAAUGAGCUUGUCUACUGCAAAUGCAAAGAAAGAUCCCAGCUGCAAGACCUGCAAUAUCAGUGUUGGACGUUAAAACUUCCCUUGUUCCUUAGGAGCCUUCAAACCUCUGUUGUCCAUUUCCAUAGUCAGCUGGUUUUGUCAGAAGCAUGCACAUGCCGCUGUCACCAAGAGCAAACAUGAGUCUCCAAACUCUCCAACUAGCCUUUUUAGUAUUUCUUCUCCCUCUCUUUCCCUUCUGUUGUUCCUCCAAUGCUUUAAAUGAUUAGAAGUCCUGGAUUAUUUUUUCUCUGGCAACCAUUUAUACUUAGAUGCUGCAAAAAUUGUUUUCUGUUUCUUGCCAAACAUAACAAAAUCCUAUAUAAACUGCUUUAGCAAAAUAAAAAUAACGGCUUAUAAAUGGUGUUUAAAUAUGCAUUCAUUUUAACUACUGAACAAAUACUGGGAUAACUCCAAACAGCAUGAGAGGUUGUAAUUGCAGCAUGAUUUCAAAGCCUAGAAAUGUCAGCACUUCCAACGUGUUGUUUGACAGUGUUAUUUAUGUUA